CCCCCCCCGCCGCCCCAAGCCGGCCUCAGAGAUGCUGUAGGGCAAAUCAGCGGCCCCCAAAGCCUCGGCACUUGCCCCCUCUCCCUCGUCCCCCUCCUGCCCCCAUCGCGCUGCCGGACGCUGGAUCCCCGACCCUCGCCCGCCUCCCCCCGCGGCCCCGGGGCUCAAGGUGUGGAUCCCUCCCCCGUGCCGGCCGGGGCUGUGACCUCCCACCAUGGGGGUUAAGGCGAUGCUCCCCAGCUACGAGCUGGGUUUUUAUGCCCUCGUGGUGACCUGUGCCGUGCUCUACAGCGGCAGCGGCAUCUUGGAGGCAUCCAGAGACAGCAUGAACAGAAAGGCCUUUCGGGAUGGCAUAAAGCCAGGCUGGCACUACUUUGGCAGGAAGAUGGAUGUGGCUGAUUUUGAGUGGGUGAUGUGGUUCACCUCGUUCAGGAACGUCAUCAUCUUCGCCCUCUCAGGACACGUCCUCUUCGGCAAGAUCUGCUCCAUGACUGUGCCACAGCACCGGGCUGUGAUGUACAUGAUCUACGGGGUCCUGGCUGUGCUGGGCAGCAUGGGGCUGGUCUACCUGAUGAUCAUCCUCUCCCACUGCCUGCUCCUCUACUCGGUGGCCCUGGCCAAGCAGAAGUGGCUCUGCUACGUGGCCGGGCUCUGCUGCCUCGCCUCCUUCAAGGUGGAGCCCUUUGGCUCGUGGCAGAGCGGGUUUGUGACGGGAGCUUUUGAUCUCCAAGACGUCCUUUUCUACGGAGGAUGCACCUUCACCAUCAUGCGCUGCAUGAGCUUUGCCCUCGAGAGCUCCGAGAAGGAAGAGGGCAUCUACUCCAUCUUCGACCUCCUCAAGUACAACUUCUACCUCCCAUUCUUCUUCUUCGGGCCUGUCAUGACGUUUGACCAGUUCCACGCCCAGGUGAGCACGCGAGAGCUGAGGCGCAAGGACGACGAGAUGAAGAGCAUCCGUGUCAAUGCCCUGCUCCACGUGGGGGCCAUCGUGGCUGUGGACAUCUUCUUCCACUUCUUCUACAUCCUCACCCUCCCUUCUGACCUGAAGUUCGUGAACCGCCUCUCGGACUGGUCCUUGGCUGGCCUGGCCUACUCCAAUCUGGUCUAUGACUGGGUGAAGGCUGCUGUCAUGUUUGGGGUCAUCAACACCAUCGCCAGACUGGACCACCUGGACCCACCCCAGCCCCCAAAAUGCAUCACCAUGCUCUACAUCUUUGCCGAAACGCAUUUUGACAGAGGGAUUAAUGACUGGCUGUGCAAGUACGUGUAUGACCACAUUGGAGAGAACCACGACAACAUCCUGAAGGAGCUGGUGGCCAGCAUCAGCACCUUUGCCAUCACCACGCUGUGGCUGGGGCCCUGCCAGGUCGUUUACAUCUGGUCCCUCGUCAACUGCUUCGGCCUCAACUUCGAGCUCUGGGUGCAGAAGUUCUUCCAGCUGGGGCCCUUUGCCAAGCUGGAGGCCAAGCUGUCAGGGGCCAUGUCUCGGCGGAUCAGGGCAGCUUUUGGGGCGGUGAACUUCUGGGCCAUCGUCCUCUACAACAUCCUGGCCCUCAACAGCCUGGAGUUUGCACUGCUGGUGACCAAGAGACUCCUCGUGAUGGGUUUCCCUGUGAGCACCUUGUCCAUCUGGUUCAUCACGUACUGCGGCGUGCAGCUGAUCAAGGAGCGCGAGCGCGUCCUGGCCGUCCGGGAGGAGGAGAAGGGUGACAAGGCAAAGGUGGAGUAGGGGAGGCACCGCAGGCUUGUCCUGAAGCCUCGUCUCCCUUCCAGCCACUGCUGCCAGGCCAGCCACUGGCCAGGGCUCUCCAAGCCCUCCUGACCAUCGGACUGCUGUAGCUCAUCCACGUAGAAGUCACCUGGAAGGCACAGGUCACCCCCUUGCUGCAGGAAAGAUUUUUCCAUCGGGCACAGCGGGCGUUUCGCAGUCUCCCCAGGCGUGGCAGGAUGCUGAGGCAGCUCCCAGGACAUUUCUUCCACGCCAGAGCCAUCCCCGUUGUUUUUCUGACCCUCUGACAGCGUGCAGGCCCAGAGAUUUCACUCCCUGCUUGGUGCACCAGCGCUGGGCUCCCCCUCAGCCCAUGCCUCCCACAGGAGUCUCUCCAGGCCCCAUGGCUGGAGGUUUCGGGAGACUCUCCAGGCCCCAUGGCUGGAGGUUUUGGGAGACUCUCCAGGCCCCAUGGUUGGAGGUUUUAGGGCCCUGCACUGCUGGAUCCAAGACUGAGGUGGCCACCACGACCACCCUGCUGCGACACGUGUCCUGAGACUCAAGCCAAACCCCACCUCAGUUUUUUUUUACAUGCCGUGGACAAAGGUCUAAGCUCACAUUCCUGCCCAUGGCUGAGGGACAGAACGUGCUCUGGCCACCCCUUGCUCAUCUCCAGCCACCCUUCCCUUUCCUCAGCUGCCUUUGGAGUGCACAGCCCACAGCUGUAGGGAUGAGUGAGCACACGGCUGAAUGCAAUCAAGGGAGGAAAACCCCAGGUGAAGGGCAGGGAUCAGGGCUGGGGGGUGGAGGGAAAGCCCAUGGGAGACUCCUCGGAGAAUUAGACUUUGGGAGUGUGUGAAACACGGUGCCUUGGGGGAAAGGUGGGUUUGUGACACAGAAAUAGCUCUGUCUCUCUUGCACUUUAGAGUAACUCUCAGUGGCCUUAUCUCUGAUUUGUGUGGCUGUCUGGGGGCAGGAUCCACACCACACCCCUCUGCAACAGGGGUUGAGACGCUUGGUGCAUCCCUGUGGGUGAAGCAGGAAUGGGUUCCUAGCCAGCUUUCAGCUCUGCCAAAGUAAUUUGUGAAGUCCCUGGUAAAUGUCUCUUAUUUAUGUAGCCAAUAAAUGUUGGAUAACUCUG